CGCGGUUCUGAUUGGGCGAGCCGUGCGUCGCCGCUUCGGCGUCUCCUCCGGGGCGGGGGCGGCGCAUGCGCGUGCGCGAGUCGGCUUGGUGGCGCCCCUGGUCCAGCCAUGGAGGAGGUGAGGCGGAGGCGCGCGGGCGGGGGAGGAAGGGCCGUUGGGCGCCUGGAGGGGACCGGCGGGGGCCGCUCAGGGGCGGAGAGGGAGGAAGAAGGGGGCUCCUGCUCAUGUGCAGAGCGCGGGAGAAAGGACCCCUUUGGGAAUGGGACAAAAGAGGCGGGUGGGAGGGAGAGGAACGAGAUGAAAUAAAACAGGACGAAGCGAGGCCAAACAGGCCGGGCGACGACGCCGAUGCCUUCCCCAAGCACAGAAGGGGAAUUAUGUUCCAUUGGGGAAAGGCAGGGCUGGGAGAGACCGGGGUGCUAGAAACUCAGAUAGAUAAGCUAGGCACCCAAAGGCCCCUUAAACCGGAGUCACCAUCACCACAACGGAAUGUGUAUUUGCCAGGGGGUUGGACAUGAUGACCCUCGGGGUCCCUUCCAGUUCUAUGAUUCUGUUAUCUCAACUACAUUGCUUGAUUGUAUUUUUUUAUUAUUAUUAUUAUAUUUAUUAAAAUGUUUAGACAACAAAGAAAAAAAGAAAAACAUACACAAUACAUAUAACAAAAACACACACACACACACACACACACAAAAAAAGCAAAAUUCAACAAUAAAAGAACAAAAAACAUAACAAUUAAAAACAAUAUCUCUUUUCCAUUUCCGUUUUUUAGUUACUUAUUUUCUGGACUUCCUCAUACCGCCCUCUUUUGUAUUCCAAUCCAAAUUGUUUGUCCAGCAAUUUCUUUUCCACUUUUUUAAUCCCAAUCUUUAGCUUUAAUAAAAUAUUGGAAUAUAUAACUUCAACUUCUUUAAACCUAAUCUUUAGUCUUUAUAUCAUAUAACAUUAAGAUUUUUCCUCUUAAUAUCCAGUUUCCGGAAACUACAUUGCUUAAUUGUAGUUUGCUCUUACAAUGAUUCACUUGUCCCAGUACGCAAGAACUGUGGUCUGUGAGCUCCAUUUGGGAGGCCUGUGGAAAGGUUGCUGCAGUGUCAAGUAUAUCUGUACUCAGCCCUGCACUUACUUUCCUUGAUGGGAUGAUGGAGGACUAAGAUGUCCAUGAUUCUCGCAGCAGUGCAGACGGACGAGACAAAAUCUUUAAAGCUAAAUCUAAAGCUGCCUGGUUUAUUCAGUGGUGGCUAUCUAGUCUUUUAUAUAUUGUAUGUGUUUGGAUUAUCAAUGCAUUUGGAUGAUUUUACGAUUUUAUUGUUUAAACUUAUGCCAAUAAAGGCUAAUAACAAUAACAACGUACAUCUUUUGCCGCACACAAGUCAACUGGCUUGAUGGAAAUGUCAGUCGCCAACCUGGUGCCCAGACAUCUCCAUGUACAGUCGUACCUUGGUUCCCGAACACCUUGGUACACAUACGUUUUGGCUCCCGAAUGCCAAAAACCUGGAAGUAAGUGUUUGGGCUUUCGAACGUUUUUUGGAAGCCAAACGUCCGGUGCUGCUUCUGCUUGAGUGCAGGAAGGUCCUGCAGCCAAUCAGAAGCCACACCUUGGUUUUAGGAAGUUGCACAGAUUAUGAUCAAGAACCAAGGUAUGACUCUAUUUAUAACUGGACCCACACCAGUAGCAAAAUGUGUCUGGCGCCUAGGGAAUUUCGAACACUGGGACCUUGGGCUGCUCACUGGCUCUCACCCACACCCGCCUCACAGGGUUGUUGUUUUGAGGGUGAAGUGGGAGGAGAACUAUGUUCGCCUUCUUGAGCUCCUUGCAUGGUUGGGGGGGAGGAAAGAAGGUGGGAUAUACAUGUAAUUAAUAAAUAAUUUUCCACCCUUUAAGAUGCUGCUUUUUCAUUUAUUUCUUUUGACUGAGAUAUAUAUAGCUCAGAAACGUUCGAACAGGCUUGGGAGGGCUCUACGUGACUUGACAAACAGCUAGCAAUAAAACUGGGCUGUCUCUGGUUGAAUCUUGCCUUAGCCGUGCGUGAUGCCCUGGACUUCUUAGGGCUCGCUGCAGUUACUGUGGAAUGGUGACCUAUGUAAUCACUGAAGUUGUCCUUCAAGCCGAGAAAUAAAUUUGGGGCAAGUAAACAACAAUUGAUGACCUCCUUCUACCGGUCCACAAUAGAAAUUGUCCUCUCAUGUUGUAUCACAGUGUGGUACAUUGGCUUGACAGCCACGGACAGAAAGUCUUUACAGAGGGUGGUGAAUACAGCACAUGAUAUCAUGGGCUUCUUUGUACGAUAUUUAGUGAUACUUUAGUUGGCCUGAUUAAGUUAUUUCCUUAAUGUGCUUUUUGUGGUUUUAACUGUUUGUUGUUCUGCACUUCGUGCUUUGAUUGCACUGUAUGGAUUGUUUUAAUUCUUUAUCAGCACUUGCUUUCAAGGCAGCUUACAGAUUUGUGUGCUCUGUGUGUUUCAUCCAGCUACAUAAAGAUUUAGAUGAGGUGAAAGAGCUUUUGAAAAAAGCAUCAAGAAAGAGGGUUCAUGAUGUGUUGCUGUCAGAAAAGAAUAAGAUAGAAAAAGAAAUCAAGAACCAGUUACCAAGCAAAAUAAAAGCAGAAACAUCUGAAGAAGAAAGACCACCUCCAACAGGAUACACAGUGAAAAUCAACAAUUAUGGUAGGUCUGAUCCACCCAUAACUUUUGAAUUAAUACAAGAGAUUCAAGAGAAUAUCAACAUCUUGUAAACUGCUUAGUAAACUGCUUAGCAUCACAGCCAGUGUAUAUAAUUUUUUAAUCCAUGAAUCAUAGGUUGGAUUAUAUAUGGAAAAGUAGGUUAUUGUGCAGAGAUUGAUAUACUUUUUAUGUCAUGAACAAGGGAUUUUUUGUGAUCCCACAUGAGCACAUGAAAACCAUAAUAACUGUUACUUGAUGCAUACCGUAUUUUCCGGCGUAUAAGACGACUGGGCAUAUAAGACGACUCCCAACUUUUCAAGUUAAAAUAUAGAGUUUGGGAUAUACUCGCCAUAUAAGAUUAUCCCUCUUCCAACGCCUGCAGCCAACUAGAGGCAGCCAGUCUUUUCAUCCCUGUAUGCACACCGCAGCUGGGGCGCUGGGGGCCUCGCAGGAGGAUCAGGGGGAGGGGCGGAUGGAGGGGAGGACUUCAAAGCCCUGCUUGCCUCACCCCUCCUCCAUCCUCGGCGGCAGCCGGAACAUACGGUAUAUAUCUCUCUCUCGGUAUAAUAGUCAAUGUUUCCUCCUCAUGAUCCGUCUCCUUCCAUCGCUCUCCGUAUGAGGGCGGGAAAGGAGGAGGAGAAGCUGCCGUCCCUCUCUUCCCUCACGGACCCACCUGCCUUGCCUCACGGAGCCCCAACGGCCACCCAAGCAGCUGCUUACCUGCCCCGCGCACGCACGAGAGAGACCCACGUGCCCCCGUCCGCAGUUCCCCCCCUUCUAGCUCCCCCUCCCCUCCGCCCUUUCGUAAGAGGGAAGAGAAACAGUGCAGGGCUCGUAAGCGCAGUUCACACAGGUGCCCCCCCCUCACACCAGCUGCCUGAAAACGUGCUCUCUCUCUCUCUCUUGCCUGAGCUUGGCAGUGUCCAUCCAUGGGGGGGGGCAGUGAGAGAGAGCGGAGACACACACAAAUGUAGAAAAUGCGCAUACACACUGCCCAAGGCAGGUGUUGCUUCAGUAGUCCAUGUGGGUGAGCAGGGAGUUCGGCACUUGGGAGGCAUAGCGAGCCGUGAGAAGGGAUUUCCCUUCUCUCCCCCCCCCCUGCUUCUUUUGGGGACAAUGUUUCGCUCCGGCUCCUCCUGCCUCUGCUUUGAAGGUGCUCUGAGGGACAUCUGAGGAGCUGCCCCCCCGGUCCCAUGUCUUGUGGGGGGAGCAUGGGCAGCCGGUGGAGAGCUUCCCAUUGGACUUUACUGCUGUGGAGGGCAAAACUCAGACGACCCCCACAACCAUACCCAGUGUAUAAGACGACCCCCGACUUCCUGGGUUAAAAAGUCGUCUUAUACUUCGGAACAUACGGUAAUUGUUUCCUGGCAACUCGUUUACAUUAAAAACAAACAUGUUUCUAGCCCUUAUGGUUGCCUUGCCAGAAUUGUUUGCAGAGGUGUGGGCAGUGCCUGCUACAAUCUUAGAAGAUGAAGAAAUUGCUCACUAAGAUCAUCACCUAGGGAGAGCAGUUUGGAAUGAAUGUAAUAAAUACAGCUUUCUUUUAAUCCCUUUAGCUUGGGAUCAGUCAGAUAAGUUUUUGAAAAUCUACAUCACUUUAAGUGGAGUUCAGCAUCUGCCAGCUGAGAAUGUGAAGGUGCACUUCACAGAAAGGUGGGUGUUUCAUUAAAUGCCAGGAAGUACAGAUUGUGUCUUGAAUCAUUUCUUGCUUUGUUUGUCCCUGGCUGAUUGUUCCCAUAUUAAGAUGUUUCAGAAGCUAGUGAAAUAGUUCCCAAGUAUUAAAUUUCCUUCGCAAACUGAUGUACAGUAUAUGAAUAUAUUUUGAAAAGAAGAUAUAAUUGAUCCUUGAAUAGGUCUUAUGCAUUGGUAAGAAGAAAGAAAAGUUCUUCUCUCCUCCCCUCAUCACUCUCCAGACAUCUUUCAUAUCUUUCCUUUGCAUAAUUUUUGCUAAUCCUGUAAUGUUAUUACAUCUUUCCUCUGGGAUAGGAUUUGAUUUAUCCAAUUGUUUAUCUAAUACUAUAUUGAAAUCUCCUGCCAUAAUCAUAUAGCCCAUAUAUUCAAAUCCUCCAUUUCCUUAAACAUUUUAUGGAAAAAUUCCACCAGAUUUUCAUUAGGAGCAGAAGUAUUAAUUAUAGUGUAUUCUUCCCUUGCCAUUGUUCCCUGAAUUAUAACGUAUUUUCCUUCAGGAUCUUUCUUCAUCUUUAAUAUACUAAACCCUCAUCUCUUUGAAAUUAUAGUUGCUACCCCUCUUGAUUUUGAAGUACCAUAUGCUUUCUCAUAAUUAUUUAUACAUCUCAAUUUGAUGCCCUUUUUCUUUAGAUUUCACCCCCAGCUCCUCGUUCCUCCUCUGAGUUCCAUUUCCAUUUUUUCUGCUUUUCUUACUUCCAUCUCCACUUUGUUUCUCUUGUCUGCUUGCCAUAAUUGCUUCUGUUGAUUGAGCUCUGGUUAAUUGCUGGACACUUCAAUCUGAUGGGUGCUCCCCCCCCCAAAUUUAUUUUGCUGUUUUGCCUCACGGGACUUGUCUAUUAGCAUCUAGCCAACUCAGCUGCGUCACCGAAUUGUUAUUUACUGUGUCUUAAAGUCACACUAAUUUCCUUCCAGUUUAAUGCGAAUAUCUCUGGGCUUGACUUUUACCCGCUUCUGUUAUCUUUGUAGUAUUUAUUGUUGUUUUUCCCUUUUGAGCUCUUUUGCUUCAGUUAUGUCUUAUAUGUGAUUCUAGAUUUGUGAUACUAGAUUUUAGGUGCAGAGCAAUUUAUUUCCCCACCUUUCCAUGUCAGCUUUCUCUGAAUUUGAUAGAUCAUGGCUGACCUUUAUGAUUAAUCUCUUCUUCCUUCUAGAUCAUUUGAUCUGUUGGUGAAGAAUCUGAAUAACAAGAACUACACUAUGACAUUCAACAAUCUUCUGAAACCCAUCUCUGUGGAAAGCAGCUCGUGGAAGGUAAACACUUCUUUUCAAGUACAUGCUAACGUUGUAGAUUCCUACGAUUUCCACAGUUUAGGGCUGCUUCCUGUGUUACUACCUGCUGCAGAUUAAGUCAUUAGGCACUUGCUAGGGGGUAAGCCAUCAGUUCUGUAGCUUGUGAUUUCACGAUGGAUAGAUACCCUUUCUUGAUAGGCUUCCUGCCCAUAUAUUUAUGUUCUGUUUUCAAUAUUACUGGGCAAUAGAGGACAGUCAGCCGCAUAACUCAGAGGCCCACUUGUCCCUGAGGUCACAAAUCUGGGCUGUACCACUUGACAUAACAAGAGAGUCUUUCACAAAGAAACCAGUCUGUUGGGAAGAAUGAACAGUAUCCAAAGAAGAGCUUCCAUUAGCACAAUGGUUUCCCCCCUCCCUAAAUCUGCUCUGGAGAGCUGUGGGAGAGGGAGUGGAGUUACGCUGCACAGCCCCAAGUCCCUGCACUAGCAGAAGCACUUUGUUCGAUGCUAUCCAAGGGGCCUAGUCUCAUUCAUGUUAUAUAUGUGGUUUCUUAGGCUUUAGCAGGCAGUAUUGAACUUGAUACAGUGUUCUCGAAGCUACGAACAUGAGUUUGACCAAACUGCAGGAGGCAGUGGAAGACAGGAGUGCCUGGCAUGCUCUGGUCCAGGGGGUCAUGAAGAGUCGGACACGACUAAACAACUAAACAACAACAACAAUUGAACUUGAUAAGGAUAGAUUCUUUCUCUUGGGUGCAGCUGAAAGAAAUUUUUGCUGCACCCAAGAGAAUGCACAUACUGUAUCUUGCAACCUACAAAUUACAAUCAUGUGACCUGUCUAGUAGAGAAACAACAUUUGUAUAUAAGAGAGCAUUUAUUCUGAGAUUUGUGUAAAGAAUUAACGCAAAAAAAUGUUCAGAUUGGUGAAAACAAUUACCUUGUCUUAAAUUACUGACAACGAACAUACUGCUAACACGAGCCCCAUUCUGAAUGUUUCACAACAAAUUCAGUGGGUGGCUUUGGCUGGCAAAAGUGUUGCACAGGAUUAGUCUAUUUUAUACUUUACAUGUGAGCGAAAAUUGUUCAUACAACACCAUCUCUCCUGUUCAUUUUGCCCCUUUUUUGUUGUUGCUGCCCGUUGUCCAUAUUCUAUAUUUUAACUCACAUAAUUGAAUUGUCAUUCUUUAAAUACUAUUAAAAAUAAAGUUAUUGAUACUUGGCCUGUUCGGUAAUUCUGCCACCUAGUUUCACUUUUCUUAUUUUUGCAGAUCAAAACAGAUAUGAUAUUGAUAUUAUGUAGGAAAAAGCAAGAGGAAAAAUGGGAGUGCCUAACACAAGUUGAAAAAGAGACUAAGGAGAAGGAGUAAGUGCACCUCUGUUUCUUCUUCUGUUGCAAUGCGUUUGGUAGAAAAAAAGGACUUGCAGAUUAGGCUUGUUAACCCAAAGUGGUGUUGAUCCAUUCAAAAUAUUUGUCAGUUGAGCUGGUGUUAGAUGCUGAGAGUUACUGUCGUGGUGUUGCCAGUUGUGGCAAUCAAAAGACUUUGAGGCAAAAGUCUAAUCCAGGUUCCAUUAUUAGUGGCUCAAAUUGUGCCACUUCAAUAAUCUUGUCUGCUGAGUAUUCCUGAUAGGCAUCUCUUUAAGUCUGCUCUGCCAGAUCAUCUUAUUUAGAACUUGUUCAUUUUCAUAAUAGAAUUCAAUUCCAUGUCUUAAAUUUUUUUUUUUUUUUUAAAGCCAGUCAGCGCCCUCAGGUUUCAAACUGCUGCCUGUGGGCGAUUGCAGGAUCCAAGCUAUGCGUUUUUCGAUGGAACCGCUGGGCUAAGAUGGCUCAAUUCCAUGUCUUUCUAAACUGCAACACAAUGAGCUUUUAAUCUUUGCUUGUAACAUUUAUUGCAGAAACCGUUUUUUCCUACUGGUGGUUCUUGCUACUCAUACCUGAAAUAGGCCACAGUAUUUUUAAUGAAAUCUUCCCUGUGUCCUUACAAGAACACGAAUACUUAAUAUUCCACUAAAUAUAUGCAAAACCUGGUUGCUUGUUUUGCUGCACAAAAGGGCCAUGUCACUUUCUGGAAUUAAUACUACAUUGAAUGCCAGAUGUUCAGGAACUAAUUUGUCCUGUAGCAAAGCCCAAGGUUCUCAAUAUACAAAACAAGCUUCCUGGGGAUAUAUGGAUAGUUUACCAGAGUGGCUGCAGGUGUGGUGUAAUGCAGAAGGAAUAGUAAGUGCAAGUGACAGGUUUAAUGUCUGUACGUUUUCAUGUUCCCACCUCUUACUCCCUGAGAGGUCUGAUCUAUGUACUUUUAACAUGUGUAUUUUGAUUAUAAGGGAGGGCACAGAUUCAUAUUUGGGAGUUGGGAGGCUUGUAAGCAGAAGUGGGGAGAAACAAGACAGUAAUUGAAAGUUAUCCAGGCUUCAUCUCUCCCAGCCAGUUGCUUUUAGUCUAAUCCUAACAAUCCCUCUGUAUAUGUUCCACUGAUUUUUAAUAAAACUUUCAGGUAAACAGGUUUAGGAUUGGAGCUCUCAUUAUUUUACUGUUUGCUUACUUGUACGUAUUUAAAUCUUAAUGCAUACCAAACUUUGUGUGUAACUGGUGAUGUAAUUAUUUUCUGUAUGCUUGUAUGCUCUAGGAAAGCUGCUUAUGACACCUCGGACCCGAGUGAAGGGUUGAUGAAUCUCCUGAAAAAGAUGUAUGCUGAAGGCGAUGAUGAAAUGAAGAGGUCAAUUAACAAAGCCUGGGUUGAGAGCCGAGAAAAGCAAGUCAAAGAUGAUUUACCAAUAGAUAUUUGAACAAAUACCCAUCUUAAAUGUACAUCUUUUGUAUGGGGCUUCUGCUGAGAUCAGAGAAAGUGUGCUGUUUACAUAAUCUUCUGCGUAAAAACAAGUUUUACAUUUCAGAUUGGAGAUGGGAAAUAAAGCAUGCAGAAAGGCUUUUCCUUCAAAUGUGUUGCCCUUUUUCCAUAAAGCUUUAAGUGCUUUUUGUGAAAUUGAUAAAAAUAAGUAAGCUAGUUUGAGUGCAACUGUCUGUUGUCUGAAAUCAACAUCUACUUACUACCCACACCUGCCCAAGUUCUGUAUAAGAAACUUUCACUUCUAACCAUUGAGGAAAUAGGUUUCAGGGCAUGUAUGCGUAAUCUGUAUGUACAGACAAGGGAAACAGAAAGCUUCAUAUACUUUUCUCAGAGAUUGAUGGUGCCCAUUUCAAGAGCACUAUUGAAACAUGCAGAUUAACUAGCAUGUAAUAGGACUGUUAAGUACAUUGCUGGGAGGCUCCAGGGGGCAGGGUAAUUGAUGUUUCACUCUGGCUUCCUCCUCUGUGCUGAUGAGGAUUUGUGCCAAUCUGUCCUUAUGGAGAUAUUCAGUGAGGACAGCGAUGGACUGAACAGGCUGUAAUGUAAUUAUUGCAAUAGUCAAAAUAACAGGACCUUGAGGUCCUAGACCCACCAACAGGAAUUGCAAAAUAUAGGAUAACUAUAUUUACUUAAACCCUCAUGAUCCUAGCCAUUGUUUUUGGACCAUGCACUCCAUCUAGCGGCAGUGAGAGCUGCACCGAUCCAUUUAGCAGUUUAGUCAGGAAGAAAAUAUAUGUAGUAACUAUGUAGUGUAUCUGAAUUCUGUGUCUAUGUGAUAUUUUCAGAUUUGCUAGCAAUAUACACCCUGCAACAAUGUAAUGUUAUAUAUCAAACCUUAAACGCAAAGGACAAACAAAAUCCAAGCGUGGGACUGUUUUAUUUUUCCAUGUCAUUUUUAAAUGUACAAGAGGAGCAAGUGUGGCAGGUUUGACAAAAUUAAACAAGGUUGCCCCCUUCUAGCUAAGGGUCUUCUACCAAUGGGUCUAUCCCCCCCCCCCCACUCCUUACAUGCUGCAAGUUAUAUAACGUGUCUUUAAUUCAUCCUAGGAGUUGAAAUAGAACUCAGUUUUGUCUUUUUUGAAGAAAAGCCUUGUUGGUGGUGGCUCACCAUAUUGCUCUCUGUACUCCAGAGAGCUGUGCAUGGUCAGCCAGAUGGCGGAAGACAAUUCGGCUUAACCUCCAUCGCCACACUACAGCUCGUGCACGGGAUGUCAGAACACAUCGAUUACGGAUCCUCGCCGGGCAGGUGUCCCGGGGAAGGGCAGCAACCUCUUUUUCAGCCACUUCCUGGAACAAAUAAAAACAGUGGUAAUGCCCAUCGGUAGUCCUGGAGCUACUACAGGCAGCACCCCAUUUACACACCAUCUAUUGGCAUUCAAUCUGCCGAAACCUGGAAAUGGGGAGACCAUAGAGAGUCCUAGUGACUAGCGAGGAGACCCUUUGCAGAGCCUGAAGAGGACAUCCUCUUUGGGCUGUGGGGAGGGUCUCCUUGCAAGCCACUAGGAUUUUCUAAGGUGCUUCCCAUUUAGGCACAUUUCACUGACUCAUACAGAGGUCCAGAAUGUAACCCCUGUGUAAAUUGGGAGACACAUGUAGUAUAUAUCAUUCACAAGGACACUGUCUCUUAAAAGUUUAGCAACACAGGAAGGAAAUGUGACAGCAACAACAGUUUUACAACCACUAUGGUUGUGACAAAUCAAAGCUUCAAUUCCCCCAGGUAGGAAUCUGCAAACUCACAGGCAAAAAUAACAUGUGUCUCGAAUCUGUUCCACUACUGAACUCCUCUUACUGUCAGAAAGUUUUUCCAAAUGUUUAGUCUGAAUCUCCUUUCUUGUAACUUGAAGCCAUUGCCUCGAGUUCUACCCUCCAGAGCAGGAGAAAAUAAGCUUGCUCCAACUUCCAUGUGACAGCCCUUAAGAAAAUGGCUAUCUCAGUCUCUUCUUUUCCAGGCUAAACAUAACCAACUCCUUCAAGCGAUCCUCGUAUUUUCUUAAUUUUUUUGCAAGGGAGAGUUGAGAAAAAUGAGGAAAUAUGGAGGGGGAAAAGGGAGUGAAGAUGAAAUUGGGGGUGCAAGGGGGUUUGCGAAAAAAGAGGGAGUAGGAGGCGUGGGAAUAGGGUGGAAGAUGAAAGGGAUGGUGGCUUCAUACCUGGGCAGAAGAUGAAAAGCGUGCAUAGUUGCAAUGUGUAGGUGGAGGUAGAUUCAGGAUGUUACUGUGUGGGAAGUUUGUGUGCAAGGCUGCUUGCACAAAAGGAGAGGGAAGAAGCAUGGACAUGGGGCGAAGGUAAAAACGAGAGCAAAGCAGGGUUGCAAAACUGAAGAGAGAAGCCGCUUCAGAAAUGGGAAAGUGAAAAGCAAUCUUAGGCGUAUAGAAAACAAAAGAGCUUUCGUUAUGCCUUUUAAAUUUAAGAAAGAGUACAGUCUGGAACAGAAUAACCAGUAAAAAACUGCCUGGAAUUUUUAAUUGAAGGACACAAUGAGAAAGGUUUUAAAUGCAUAAUAGAUGCCACUUCCGGGAACCCACCACAAUAAAGACACAAUAACUUAAAACAAAAUUACAGGAUUCCAAACUGAUCCUCAGUGUAAUACUGUAACUGCACACAACUGGCUACCUUCUUCCAUACUAUUAUUUGCUUAGUGGACUCUUAGGUCCUGGAAAGAAUAGAAAUUGGGUAAACCAAUGACUAAAAAAGUAUGUAAAAGCAAUGGAUGUACUGUGGGAAAUGAAUCAGGAGAUGAUUCUGUUCAUAACCUGUUCAUAACCUACAAUGGUUAUAUCAUACUGAAAUAAAAUAUAUUUC